AUGGCGGGGGCGGCCCCGCCGAGCGCCGCCCUGGCUGCCCGGAGCGCGCCCGCCGCCCCGCGCCGCGCCGACACCGGGGGGCGGCGGAGUGGACGGGGGCGGGGGGGGGCACGGCGGGAGGGGGACGACGACGACACACGGACAGGACCCGCCCCCGCACCCCGAUUGGCCGCCACCACGCCGCCCGCCCCGACGGGCUCCGAAGGUCAAGGCUUCCCUGUUGACCUUGCUGGGCUGGUGUCCCUGCACCUCCAAAGCUCACGGAUCAAGGAGAUCUCAACCGGAGCCUUCCGGGGGCUCAAGAGCCUGGUCUACCUCUAUCUCACCGACAACCAGAUCAGUGUCAUAAAGCCAGGAGCCUUUGAUGACCUCUCUGAGCUCACCUACCUGUACCUGGACCAGAACAAGAUCCCAGACCUACCCAAAGGGCUCCUCUCCCCUCUUGUCAACCUCUUCAUCCUGCACUUAGGCAGCAAUAAAAUCCGGGAGCUCAAACCAGGGGUGUUCAGCGGGGCUAAAGAUCUGCGCUGGCUCUUCCUCUCUGACAAUUCCCUCACCAACCUCCUGCCUGGGGCCUUGGAGGAUGUAGAAAACCUCGCUGUCCUCCACCUGGACAAGAACCAGCUGAGCAGCUACCCUGUGAAUGCAAUGAGUAAGCUGAGAGUGCUGGAGGAACUGAAGCUUUCUCAUAACCCAAUCGAGGUCAUCCCUGACAAUGCCUUCCAGUCCUUCGGGAGAUACCUGCAGACACUCAACCUGGACAACAUGAAACUGAAGAAGUUUGCAGACAACGCGUUUGCAGGUGUGACCGUGCUGAAGACCGCUCACCUGGAGAACAACCGGCUCACCCAGCUGCCCCGCAACUUCCCCUUUGACAAAAUGGAGACGCUGACGCUUUCCCGAAAUGCCUGGCACUGCAACUGCCAGCUAGCACAUCUGCGCAAGUGGCUGAAGGGCAAUCGCACCCGCACCGAGGAUACCUGCUCCACGCCCACGCAGUACCGGGGGCAGUCCAUCAGAGACACCCCGGCCCUCCGCACCUGUAAGCUCCCCACCAAGAGGUCCAAGAAGGGAAGCCGCCAUUAAACACGCCCUGGUAUGGCCUGUCCUGGUGACCGGUCACUUCAACCAUCAGAAAACUACUGACUUCUGAGUCCUUCCUUAAGCUUCUCCUACCUGUCAGGAAACAUUUCUGAUAUAUCCGAACACCUCCAGCCUCCUCCGAAUCCCCGCUUCUCUGCUGAUCGCAGGAUGGAAUCCACCUUUCAAUCUUUUCCAACAUCUAUAUAUUUUAAAAGAGGCAUUUUUAAAAACUAAACUAUGCAUGACCAUACUAAGACAAGCUAACCUAGAUCCUGCCGGUAAAACACAGUCAUCUUUCCCAGAGACAACAUAACCCACGUCCCCGAUCGACCAGUUGGUCGCUGUCUCUCCCCUUCCAGUGGAUGGAAGCAAGUGGGAAGGUAGGAGCAUCCCUCCCCCAGCUGCUUGAUCAGGAAAAUUGGUCUCAACCCAUGCAAAGAGACUCCUCUGCCUUCCCACGGAGGGGAUCCCUGCAGGCCAGGGCUGAGGGGGAUAGGUGAAGCAACAACCAAGAACCGGUGGCCCCGAGACCGAGCUGCCCUUUCACGCCGAAAGGCGGCAAUCUCUCUAGGUUGGCCAGAAAUCCUUUAAGUGAAGCAGUACUGGGAAACCCCGAAACCGAAGCCAUCUGAAGACUGGAUUCCCUCCCACUCCGUGGGGUCUACCAAGAUGUACGUAUGUCCAGGAGGAGGUGUGCACCGUGCAGCCUGGCUUGGGCACCCCUCCUCUCUGCCCGUACUCCAGAGGAUCUAGCAGGACACCAGGAUGACUGUGGUUUAUUGUCACGGCUAUUACAAUACCACAGUUGCAAUUUAACUCUGUUUUUUAAUCCUAAAGAGUUAUAUAAAUAUAUGUAUAUUUAUUCCUCUGUAACUGAGUGUAAAUGACCUUUAAGAGGAUGAAAACUCCUCUGUCUCCUAUAUAGGAAUCAAAUUGUAUAUUUUCUUAUGUACAUCUUCUGUAUAAAGCUCUUGCUGCAAAGAUGAAUUCAA